CUCUCUAACCCAAGUUUAUUCCAUAUCAGCAAUAUUUAGAGGGUACAAUAAUUACAAAACAGAGAGCCAUGGCCAUGGAGAAUAUGGAGUGUAACAAGGAUUUUUCAGCUAGCUAUAUGCUACUGAAACCUGAAGAAGUGGGUUUCUUUGAUUUAAUGCACAUAUUAUUUUCGACUGAUAUGGAGAAAAGGAAGUUCGUUGACUCGUCCAGUUCGACUGAGGAAAGUUUUGGGCGCCGUUGGAUCAUAUUUCUCUCAAUUGUGGCUCAGAAGACUCUCCAGUUUGUCUCCAAACCCCUCGACAAAGUUGGCUCUGCCAUUGAAAUGGGUUUGAAUCUUUUGUCAAGUAACGGCAAUUUGUUUAAGCUCAUUUAUAAUUCUAUUCGAGGAAGAGUGGUUAUUCCAAGCAAAACAUCUCCAGAAUUCUACUCCUUUAUUGGAAAUCUGGACAAGCGACCAGAGCUUGAUCCUAACAUCAAACAUGGAGAUGUACGGUACAAUGCAGCCAUUUCUAUGAUGGCUUCCAAGAUCUCCUACGAGAACGAACUUCACAUUCAAAACACUGUUACUCAGCAUUGGAAGAUGGAAUUCUUGGGAUUUUAUGACUACUGGAACGAUUAUCAAGGUAAAGCCACAACACAAGUGUUUAUUGUGCGAGACAGAGGUGAAGACCACGACACCAUUGUGGUGGCCUUUAGAGGAACCGAACCAUUCGACUCCGACGCAUGGAGCUCAGACGUCGACAUCUCAUGGUACGAGAUUGAAGGAGUCGGAAAAAUCCACGGCGGCUUCAUGAAAGCCCUGGGGUUACAGAAGAGUUUAGGCUUUCCUCCGAAGCUAGACGAAAACAGCGAGCUCCACCUUGCUCGGCCAAAACCCUUGGCUUACUACGCUAUAAGAGAGAAGUUGUACGAGCUUUUGAAGCAAAACGACAAAGCCAAAUUCAUUUUAACCGGACACAGUUUGGGUGGGGCCCUGGCAAUUCUCUUCCCUGCGGUUCUUUCUAUUCACGAUGAGAAAUGGUUACUCCAGAGACUGGAAGGAGUGUACACUUUUGGUCAACCUAGGGUUGGAAACCACACCUUUGGGGAUUACAUGAAGAAGGAAAUGGUGGAGCAUGAUAUUCACUACUUUAGAUUCGUUUAUUGUAACGAUUUGGUCCCAAGGCUACCGUACGAUGACAAUGCCUUAAUGUUUAAGCAUUUUGGCACAUGCGUCUACAGUGACAGGCACUACCAGGCAAAGAUAGUAGAAGAGGAACCAAACAAAAACUAUUUCUCACCACUGAAGGCGAUACCAAUGAUGGGCAAUGCUUUUGGAGAGUUAGUGAGAAGCUUCACUAUUCCAAAAAGUAAGGGUCCUGAAUAUAGAGAAGGGGGUUUUCUGAGAUUGUUUAGGGUAAUUGGUUUGGUGAUUCCAGGCGUACCAGCUCAUUGUCCUCAAGAUUAUGUCAAUGCCACCCGUCUAACCACCCCAGACAUUUUUCUCCCACCAAAAAAUUCCCCUUCACAUAGUAAAAUUCAAUAACCAAAAAUUUAUUUAUAUAUACAUAUAUGUUUUAAUUAUGUGUGUGAGUUCAAUUCGAUUGAUUCUUAGUGCUACUAAAUGGUUAUGUAAUCUGUUAAGUAUGAAAGCAUGAUUUCUCUAAUAGUAGUAUUGCCCAUUUAGCAA